UGUAUUUGCUCACCAGAAGAAGUGAGAAGGUGAAAAAAUGGCGGUCCCUCAAGCAAAUGCGAAAGCAGGAAAACCUCUUGGAAAAGAAUCGCAGCCUUUGAUAAUCCCCAAAACACCUGCAGAGGAGCAGCGUCUCAAACUAGAGAGAUUAAUGCGCAACACAGAUAAACCUGCGCCCAUACCCGAGCGACCGAAAGAAUGGAAUCCUCGCGCACCUCCCGAGUUUGUGCGGGAUGUCAUGGGCUCUAGUGCUGGGGCUGGCAGCGGCGAGUUUCAUGUGUACAGACACUUGAGACGACGUGAGUAUCAAAGGCAAGACUUCCUGGAUCGGAUGUCAGAAAAGCAAAAAAUGGAUGAAGACUAUCUUGAGAAAGUAAAGGAGAACCAAAAAGCUGCAGAUGAAAGGACAGCCAAACGCAGGAAGAAAAGAGAGAAGCUCAAACAUAAGAAACUGAUGGUCAAGCUAGCCAAAAUGGAAAGCAAGAAACAAGCAGAUUCAGAUGAAGAGAAGGAAUCGUCCUCCUCAGAGAGCGAGAAGGACUCAGCAGAGCGAGAAGGAGAGGACGACGCGGAGGUGCCCAGCUUUGUCAUGGGGAAGAGGUGAUGCACUGUUGGAAAUGGGAACUCUCUAGGUGACAUGACGGCCUCAAUCCCAGUGCUGUUCCAAAUUCAGAAAAGACUUUCAAAUGGGUCCAGCAUGGACUACAGGCUAUUCCAUGCUACGGAGACUAGAGCAGAAGAGAAGCUUGGCUAGUCUGUCCAUAUUCAUUGAACACUGAUAUAUUUUAGAAGCAAACAUGGUAGUGGUUUUUGGCUUGUCAGCACUGAUACUUGGAUCUUGCUCAUUUGUAAAUAUGCACGGCCAAUUUACAAAACCUUUUGUCUAAGCAUGGUGUGCAUAAUAAAGUUGUUUGUUUUUUUUUUUUGUUUUUUUGUUUAAAAAAAUCUUUUUUUUUUUUUUUAACAAAAACCCCCCCAGAAAAAGUCCAACUUUAAUUUCUAUGUUUUGUUAAUAGAUAUGGUAUACAUUUCAGUAACAUUUUCCUAUAAUUGUACUUUUAAUUUUUAUUUUGUCUAGCACAUUACAUUAUUUUUGUCUAGCACAUUACAUGUGGGUGUGUGAGAUUUCGUGCAAGGUCAAGUAAUGUGCUAGGAACUUGGGCUUUAUUUAUACUUCGGCGUAAUGAAUUAGUGACAAAAUACAAGAGAGUUUCAGGCGUUUGAAUCCCCAGGUUGAAAAGUGCAGUGAAUUGCAGAAUUCUAAAUGUUUUGAGAUAGACAUCACGCUGCUGCCAGAAAAGCACUGCGGUAAUGGCUAUUGACUGUCGGUUAGUGUCCUGUGUACAGACGCUGAGUGACUGACCAUUACUUACUUUGUCCUGAGCAUAACUUGUAUUACCAGCUCGUUAAGCUUUUGUUCCAGCCCAAUCUAUUUUCGUGUCUCAAAUGUCAGUUUGGCUGAAAGAGUUACUUAUUUUAUGUAAAUCUGAGUCAUCAAAAAUGCCUGCUUCGUGUCUAAGCAGGCCCCGGUCGAGCUGGUUUUCGCCCCUCCCAAUUAAAAUGCAGUACUACCGAAUAAUAAUAAUGAUGAUAAUUUUAAAAUAUAUAUAUUAGUCCAUUUACCUGCUGAUUUGGCAGUUAAACUAGAAGAGGGGACACAGCUAAUGAAUUAAAAGGACAGGACGCCGCUUCUAUAGACAGUACGUUUGCACUGGUUUGGACUGUGCCCUGGGGACGUUUUUCUUGUUCAUACAACAGUGCUUUGCUCGUGAUCUGAAUGGAAGCGCUGGCGUUUUGUGUUUACAUUUAAAUUCCUUGUUUUGUUUUAAAUGGCGCACAACAAAUAAUUUAUAAGUGCCGACUUUUCAUUAAUCAUGGAUCUCGCUGUAGACUACAGGGUCAUCAGAGUCAGUGCAAAAGUUCUCCCUUUUAAAGGUUUUGUUGAAUUAAACAUGCUCUGCGUCGUGCUUCCUCUA